AUGUCGCCGCCACCUUUGCUGCUGCUGCUGCUGCUCCUGAACCCUGCAGGGGCCUCGCUGAUCAGGAUCCGUCUUCGCCGAGCCCACACUGGACAGGGGACCUGGAACCCACUGAGGCAAUGGGGGGAGCCGGCAGUGACCCCCAGACUGGGCGACCCACCCCCUGGGCACAAGCCUGUCUUUGUGCCUCUCUCCAACUACAUGAACGUGAGUCCCAGCUCCACACAGACGCCCACUACCCACACCUGGUUCCACCGCCGCUUCAACUCCAGAGCCUCUAGCUCCUUCAAACCCAACGGGACCAAGUUUGCCAUUCAGUACGGAACCGGGCAUCUGCAGGGCGUCCUGAGUGAGGACAAGCUGACUCUCGGAGGAGUCCCAGGGGUGUCGGUCACCUUCGGGGAGGCUGUUUGGGAGUCCAUGUUGUACACUGCUGCUCUCAGCGAUGGGAUAUUGGGCCUCGGAUUCCCCAUUCUGGCCGUGGGAGGAGUCCGGCCGCCGCUGGAUGUGCUGGUGGACCAGGGGCUGCUGGAUAAGCCAGUCUUCUCCUUCUACCUCAACAGGGACCCCGAAGCGGCCGACGGAGGAGAGCUGGUCCUGGGCGGCUCCGACCCCGCGCACUACAUCCCGCCCAUGACCUUCGUGCCGGUCACCGUCCCCGCCUACUGGCAGAUCCAGAUGGAGCGGGUGAAGGUGGGCACAGGACUGACUCUCUGUGCCCGCCGCUGUGCUGCCAUCCUGGACACUGGCACUUCCCUCAUCACAGGCCCCAAGGAGGAGAUCCGGGCCCUGCAGAAGGCCAUCGGGGGGUUCCCCUUUCUGGCUGGGCAGUACUUCAUCCCGUGCUCGCUACUGCCGGAGCUCCCCCCGGUGUCCUUCCUCCUGGGGGAGGUCUGGUUCAACCUCACGGCGGAGGAGUAUGUCAUCCAGAUAUCUCGGAGUGGUGUCCGCCUCUGUAUGUCCGGCUUCCAGGCUCUGGACGUGCCUCCGCCGGCGGGGCCCCUCUGGAUCCUGGGCGACGUCUUCUUGGGCACCUACGUGGCCGUCUUCGACCGCGGGGACGCGAAGGGCGGCGCCCGGGUGGGACUGGCGCGAGCUCGCCGUUCCCCAGCCCGAGCGCCAGAGAGUGGCCUUGCGCAGGCGCAGUCCUCUGGUUGAAAUCCUGGUAGGCGCAUGCGCUCUGGGUGGCAGCAGUGCCCCCCCCUCCCGCCCCGCCCCCCCUACUAGUAAAAAUCUGCUCUUCCCA